AAUCUAGUUGAUUGGCUGAAAAUGAUGGUUGGAAGCAGGCGGUCUGAAGAGGUCGUAGACCCCAACAUUGAGGUUAGGCCGUCGACAAGAGCCCUAAAGCGUGCCCUUUUGACUGCAUUGCGGUGUGUUGAUCCAGAUUCAGAAAAAAGACCCAAAAUGGGCCAAGUCGUACGCAUGCUUGAGUCCGAGGAAUAUCCUAUAGUAAGAGAGGACCGAAGACACCACCGAAGAACUCAAGGAAGUAUGGAGAUCGAGUCUCAAAAAGAAGGUUCUGACACUGAGCGUAGUGAUAAUCCAGGUUCAAGGUCAGAGAGCAGGCGGACAUAAUCUCAUCGUACAAUUCAUUUCUGGUAUCGGAGGUUGGAGUUUAUAAUGUGUUGGGGUGGCAGGGAUUAAUUCUUACAAUUUUUUCUUUUUUCCUUUUUCAAUGUUUACAUUCUUGUGUUUGUCGUAAUAUUAUUAGCUGUCGAUAUCUAGGCUGUGGGAGAUGGAGGAUGGAGAGGGAGAUGAUCUUUGAUUCUUUUCUUUUCUGUUUUUAUUUUUUGCCACUAAAUUUGUAGAUGAAGAAAAUGAUUUGUUUGUGUA